CGGCGCGAUAUCGGAGCCGGCUGCAGCGAGCAGAUAGAAGCGAGAGCGGCGGCGGCGGAUAGUCGUGAAAACGGGCCGGAUCGUGGCGCUGCGGCGCUCGCCGACGGUGGUCGCAAGCCAGCCGCGUUCGCUACCGCCGUCAUUCCGCACCGGCAACGGCCACGGCCAGCAUCCAGCCGCCGCGAGACUCUCCGCCGCCGUCGCGUGCCCGCAGAUCGCGCGAAGACCGCCGCCGGGCGAAAACGUCGCGCGCGCCGCGAAGAAGGGUCACGCCCCUUUUAUCCUCACCGCGUUGCAACCGCGACAGGCGCACCGAUUCAAAACCGCGUCGCUUAUCACAAAAAAAAAAAUAAACAUAAAUUUGAUGUUACUUUAAGCGCAUUUGAAACUCAGCGACAACUUGUAUUACAACACCAGAUUUACAAUGAGCGACGCGCGUCGCGCGUGUUCAACGGUGGGCAAGUAAGCGCGACGUGUGGAGAACAACGCCGGCCGGGAAAUGCGCUCGUUUCCGAAUGCCGUGACGGAAGCCGCGCGCGAGAUUACCGCCGAAACUAUCGCCGCGCUGCGAGAGGAAACGCGCGUCGACGGCGCGCCUCAGCGGAAAAACUUCGCGAAGCAACAACUCCGAUUUGCGAUGCAGGCGGGCGACGAGCACAACAAAUGCCGCACCACGCGUUGUGCGGCGACCCGACGCCGAAAAGUUAUGACCCGCCAGCAAGGUGAAGCGGUGGCGCAUGAUGACGGCGGGCGGAUGGACGAAGGCGACGCGUUCGCGAAAGUGGCGGCGAAGAAAAAGAGUUGCCGAGAAAGGAGGAGUGGAUUCGUGUUGUUGGAAAGUUUACCCGUUAUUAGGGCCAUCAGAUGGGCCAUUAGUUUUGCACUCGUGAUUGAUUCAGCUUGUGGCCUGCGGCUGACGAACAUGACAGCGCCGUUGGUCGCCGAUACGCGCAGCGACAUGCACAUGGAUUGUCAUUUCGACAUGGGCGCUGAGCUGCUCUACGCCGUCAAGUGGUAUAAGGACGAUCAGGAGUUUUUCAGAUUCCAGCCCCACCAGCAGCCGCAUACGAUCAUGUAUCCGGUGGCGGGCGUGCACAUGCAGACCUCGGCGACGCAGUGCGACGAGACGCGAUGCAAGCUGCGGCUGACGAAUCUCACCCGCGAGCACAGCGGCGGCGCCUACCGCUGCGAGGUGUCCACCGAAGCGCCGGCCUUCCGACUUGCCUCGGAGACCCACAGCGUCACCGUUGCAACGCUGCCGCUGGACCUACCUCGCAUCACCGGCUUGGUGGACACGUAUGCGGUGGACGACAUGUUAACCCUCGAAUGCGUUUCGGGCGCCGGCGAUCCCACGCCGCAGCUCACCUGGUACAUCAACAACCAGCCGGCGCCCGCGGAGAUACUCGGCGAGGCGUCCACGACGCAAGUAAACGAAAAAUCAUCGCGAGGUGAUCACAACGGUAUCGAGCAUAACGUAGAUGGCAGCACCAAUCAGAGGAGCACCAUUGUGUUGGCGAAACGAACGCAACCACUACGAAUGCGUAUCGAGAGAAGACACCUUCAAGGCGCUGGGGCGAUGAUGGUGCAGUGCGCCAGUACACUGCCGGCGAUGCCAAUGGUCCAGCCGCAGACUGUCGGGCACACGGUGAUCAUUCGAUCGCGCACCGCGCAGGUAAACAACGAGAAGCUCCAUUGGCCCGAUUAUGCGUCGUCGUCGUCGUCGUCGUCGGCGGCGCGUUUCACUUUCGGCGCGCACGCACGCCGCAGCGCGUCGCGAAGUUAUUUAACUAGUUACUUAAGUUGCCGAAACUUUCAAAUCCUCGCCAUUAACUUACUAUUACUCAUGUACUAUCACUACGACAACAACUAAUAUGCGGCCGUCUAAACGUGUACGAGUAGUAAAUCUAUUAAUCCAAGUAGCGCCACAGCUCUCCUAUAACUUAUAAGAUAUUUACUUCUUUCCAUACGUACGUACAUGAUAAAUGCAUAAUUUAUUGGAGAUUUUCGAGGAAAAACGCGGCGACCGCAAUUAAUGUGUAAAUUAUUAGUUUUGGAGACAAGCCCGCCUAAUACUUCACACAAUUUCACCAACAGCAUUAUGAAUACCGAGAUUGACAAGGACGUAAAUGAUGCAAAUAAGAAGAAAGGUGAAAAAAAUAACAGACAGCUUUAAAAUUCAGAAUUUCCAUAUUAUUAUUAUUAUUCUAUGUUAGUAUGUAAUUGUAAUGUUAAAAUCUAAGUAUUUGUCCGAGGUAACAUACGUUUUGUGUAACACCCAGCCCUGAAACCCACCCCCACACACACACACACUGCAUGUGGCACCCAACUGAAAUUAAUAACCAUGUAGAAAAUAAUUCAGUUUGAUUGAAAAUGAACUGAUAAAUUUGAUUAUAAACUUUGCACACCGCCGAAAUGUAUAAUGGAAAAUUGUAAAACAAGCGCGCGAACGAUUUUAUUCGAAUUCGAUUCGCAAAACACAAUUAUAUUAAACAAACAAAUAAGCAAAUAUGCAAAUGCAGUUUGAAAGUUUUAAUUUGUAAAUAAACGAAUAAAUAAAUAUGAACGUCAACAGAAUAA